UCCGCCCCGGCCCCAAGUCACAGCCUCGCCUCCCCUACCACCAUCAGCACCUACCCGAAGCCAAGAACCACCUUCCGCCCCUCCACCACCUGGCCGGCGAGAACCACCAGCCUUCCCUUCCCGACCCCAACACCGACCGACGGAUCAGGCGAUGGCAGUUGAGGCCACGGCAGAGAAGAACACCGGCGCCGCUGCCCCGGAGAGCGGGGACAGGCGCUCCCGCUUCAGGCGGAUCUGCGUCUACUGCGGCAGCGCCAAGGGCCGGAAGGCCAGCUACCAGGACGCCGCCGUCGAGCUCGGCAAGGAGCUGGUGGAGAGGGGCAUCGACCUGGUCUACGGAGGAGGCUCCAUUGGGCUCAUGGGCCUCGUCUCCCACGCAGUCCAUGAUGGAGGACGCCAUGUGAUUGGGGUCAUCCCCAAGUCCUUGAUGCCCAGAGAGGUCACUGGAGAGCCUGUUGGGGAAGUCAGAGCCGUCUCCGGCAUGCACGAGAGGAAGGCCGAGAUGGUUCGCUCUGCUGAUGCCUUCAUUGCCUUACCCGGUGGCUACGGGACUCUGGAUGAGCUGCUCGAGGUCCUCACGUGGGCCCAACUUGGGAUCCACAAGAAGCCGAUCGGGUUGCUGAACGUGGAUGGGUUCUACAAUUUCUUCCUGUCCUUCAUCGACAUGGCUGUGAGCGAAGGAUUCAUACAGGAGGACGCGAGGCACCUCGUCAUCUCAGCUCCAACCGCCAAGGAGCUAGUUCUCAAGCUCGAGGAGUAUGUUCCGGACUACGAGAUCGGGCUGGUGUGGGAGGAUCAGGGCCAGAUCACGCACGGCUUCGUGCCGGAGCUGGAGCCCGGCAUUGCGUCGUCAUGAUACGAUUCAUCGUGGAAGCGUUUCUGAACUAAGUAACAUCUGACCGUGCAAAAAAAAAGAAGAAAAAAAGAUGGGAGUGUGCUAGUCCUUGUCAGUCGUAGCUUUUGCCUGUCACUGCCAGUGGCAUGACAGUGUUAGCAUUGAGUAGCAAGUAGUGGUGCGGUUGAUGAUGGGAGUUCUUUUGGUCGUAGCUUAGGUACUAGAAGUAGAAGGAAGGGAUUGCAUGUACAAAUGUGUCAUGUAGGAGCAGCAGCAGAUGUGUGUUCCUUAACUAUCAAUCAAGAAUGGGAAAAUUCGUCUC